AUGGAUGUGGACGGUGGAGCUGUCGUCCAAGAUGAUGAUAAAACUAUGGAUAGUGUAGCCAAAGCUUAUAUGGAGCUAUCCCGGAAGUCAGGUGGAGACCAGGUUCAAGACCAAAAGAUGCUCGAUUUAAUGGGUGUUAAAGAGGAGGAAAAGUCUGUUAAGGAGGAAAAAGAUCGUGAUAGAGAAAGAGACAGAGAUCGCGAUAGAGACAGGGAUCGUGAAAGAGACAGAGAUCGUGAAGAAAGAAGACGACGUAAGCGAAGCCGUAGUCGAGGCAAGUCCAGAAGCAAGAGCCGAGAACGUAAACGCAGCAGAUCUCGGGAACGUAGAGAUCGAGGUGGUGAUCGUGAUCGUGAUCGUGACCGCGGUGAUCGUGGUGAUCGUGGUGAUCGUGAUAGGCGAAGAGAAGAGGAAAAGCCUAAAAAGAAGUAUAAAUUCUGGGAUGUUCCCCCAGUUGGGUUUGAGAACAUUACUCCCAAAGAGUAUAAAGCCAUGCAAGCUGCCGGCUCUAUACCUAGAGGAAAUGUUCAAGCAGCUGUACCCGUUGUUGGUCCUUCAGUUACAUGUCAGUCACGUCGUUUAUAUGUCGGUAAUAUUCCAUUCGGAUGUAAUGAAGAAGCCAUGUUAGACUUUUUCAAUCAACAAAUGCAUUUGUGUGGACUGGCUCAAGCUCCAGGAAAUCCAGUAUUGGCAUGUCAAAUUAAUUUAGACAAAAAUUUCGCUUUUAUUGAAUUCCGUUCAAUUGAUGAAACUACUGCUGGAAUGGCUUUUGACGGAAUCAACUUCAUGGGGCAACAACUUAAGAUUAGACGUCCUCGUGAUUAUCAACCUAUGAGUACUAAUUACGAUAUGGUAGCUAGAAUGCCAGUUUCUAAUAUUGUCGUCGAUUCUCCAAAUAAGAUCUUCAUUGGAGGUCUUCCCACUUAUCUUAACGAAGAUCAGGUUAAAGAACUUUUGUGCUCUUUCGGUCAAUUGAAAGCUUUCAACUUGGUCACAGACAGCUCUGGGCAAUCUAAAGGAUAUGCCUUUGCUGAGUAUCUCGAUCCUACUUUGACAGAUCAAGCUAUUGCUGGUUUGAAUGACAUGCAGCUUGGUGACAAGCAACUUAUUGUUCAGCUAGCUUGUGCAAACCAACGAGGAGCUGGAAUGCCUCAUGCAGCUUCCAGUAUUGCUGGAAUUGAUCUAUCACAAGGUGCCGGUAAUCCAACUGAAGUGUUGUGUCUGAUGAACAUGGUUUCUGAAGAAGAAUUGAAGGAGGACGAUGAAUAUGAUGACAUCAUGGAAGAUAUCCGUGAAGAGUGCUCUAAGUACGGUAUUGUUAAAUCUCUUGAAAUUCCCAGACCAUUCCAAGGUAUUGAAGUAGCUGGAAUCGGAAAGGUUUUCGUGGAGUUCGCUUCGAAGUCUGACUGCCAGAAAGCCCAAGCGGCUCUUACUGGUAGAAAGUUCGCUAAUAGAACCGUAGUAACAUCUUACUUUGAUGUGGAACGUUACCAAUCUAGACAGUUUUAA